GACUGUCCCUUGGACACCAGCAGAGUACCCGAGAUGCCCAGGAUGCUUUACUCCCAGGCCCAGCUCUUCAAGCCCCCGAGGGUGGAUGUGCUGGUCAUGACCCCCUGGCUUGCCCCCAUUGUCUGGGAAGGGACCUUUGACCCUGCCAUCAUGGACAUGCAGUUCAGAAACGCCACCAUUGGACUGACCAUAUUCGCCAUCAAAAAGUACGUGGUCUUCCUGAAGCUGUUCCUGGAGACAGCAGAGCAGCACUUCAUGGCGGGGCACCGAGUCACCUACUAUGUGUUCACCGACCGGCCGGCCGACGUGCCGCGCGUGCCACUCGCGCCGGGCCGGCGCCUGGAGGUGCUGGAGGUCCCCGCCUCAAAGCGCUGGCAGGACGUGUCCAUGCGGCGCAUGGAGAUGAUCAGCCACGCGUGCGAGCAGCGCUUCGGGCAUGAGGUGGACUACCUGGUGUGCAUGGACGUGGACAUGCGCUUCGGCGCGCGCGUUGGCACGGAGAUCCUGGCCCCUCUCUUCGGCACCCUGCACCCCGGGUUCUACGGAGCGGCCCGCGGGUCCUUCACCUACGAGCGCCGGCCGCAGUCGCGGGCCUACAUCCCAAAAGAUGAGGGUGACUUUUACUAUGCUGGGGGAUUUUUUGGGGGGUCAGUGGCUGAGGUGCAGCGGCUCACCACGGCCUGCCACCAGGCCACGAUGGCGGACAAAGCCAAUGGCAUUGAGGCUGUGUGGCACGAUGAGAGCCACCUGAACAGGUACCUGCUCUACCACAAGCCCGCCAAGGUGCUAUCCCCCGAGUACCUGUGGGACCAGCAGCUGCUGGGGACGCGGCCUUUCCUCAGGAAAUUGCGCUACCUGGCCGUGCCCAAGAACCACAAAGAGAUUCGGAGCUAAUGAGUCCAGCCUCCGAGAGACCCCUGCCCCAUGAA